UCAGAAUGAACACGUCUAUAGAAGACCCCAAUUCUGGAAAACCGCCGAAACCCUUCGAGAUGACUCGCGAGUCGCUUGAACUACUCGACAAAGAGGAACUUGUUGAAAGAUUGUUGUCGUUGACCGACCAACUCCAAGAUGCGAAGGAAAGAGCACAAAGGGCGAAACGGCGAGAGACACUAGCACGUUUACAGUCCAUCCAAAAAGACAAAGAACUUGGUGACCUCAAGAGAGAACGCAGUGAUGCAUUCUAUGGUAAUGGCAACCCACGAAGCCAACUGCUUGAUCCUUUUUAUUACGAAGCUUAUACAGCUGUGAAAGAGAAGGUGAAAGGCCGCGAAGAAACGCUAGCAGAGCAGGAAGAAACGAUCAACACAUUACAGAGCAGUGAGCAAACGAAGCGACUUCGUCGAUAUGUGAAAUCAAGGGAAGAUGUAUCUAAGAAGAGCAGAGAGUUCGAGCUCAAUCUCAAGCGGAAAAAGCGUCUAGGUGACCGCAUAACAACAGCAAAUGCAGCUUUGCGAGCAGUUUUGGAGGAGACGAAAGGAACUACCGAAGAAAUUGUGAAGAAAGACGCACAAAUUGCCGAAUUAUACAGAGAAAUCAUUUCGUUGCGUGGAGAGCUUUCGGAAGACGUUGUCUUUGAUAUGGAUGCAGAUGUUGGCGAAAAGCCGUUGCCAGGUUCUGAUAUGGGAGAAGAAGAAGAGGAAGAAAUUGAGCAAAUCAGUGGAACUGAAGAAGCUGAAAGCGACGAUGAUGUUAUCAUACUCGAUGAUAGUGAUGUUGACUUGUCAGUACUGCAUCGAUCCAGCGAGGACGGAGACAAUGGUAAUCAUUCUGGUAGCGAAGAUCGCGCUGUUUCAGUUGACGGCGACACGUUGAAGAUUACUAUUUGAAUGUUACAGCUGUCAUAUCUUCUCAAUUGUUCCAGAAUCAUUAUUGUUUGUUGUUGUGUUGAAGAUGAUAAUUUGAAU